CGAGACGCAGGAGCCUGUCACAGAUACUGAAAAGUUACCGGUUACUUUACACUUGUUGUCUGGAGAAGAUCUAAUUCGGCGUCAUGUAUAUGCAAGCACUCCUACUUCUUGGCAUGGGCGUAUCGACCCAAGGGUUUGGCUAUCUUGAUCCGCCUACAGUAGUGACUAACAAGUAUGGAACGGAAUUAGUCUACUGUGAUUACCAGAACGUGAAAAUGCUCCCCGAUUCCUUUUGGAGAACGGCAGAUUGCGAGGAAUGCGAAUGCACCAAGAGCGGGAUGUUCUGUGAGGGAUUUGGGUUCAAUGCUGGUGUGUUUGGGGCACCGACAGGAUGUGAUGUCGUGAAUGAUGCAUGCGACAUAAGGUUGGUGGAUGCUCAAGACGACACCAAGGACUGCGAACCUUUCAAACAAGGGCCUCCGCCCCACCUGUUUGCGCCCCCUGAAGGAACAUCUUUUAAUAUGGAAGAAGUACACUUCUGAGGAUCUUCUCGCGCCCCUAACGGGACAAGAUACAAAUAAACUGACAUGAAACGUCA